AUGCCUGGCGUCAACGGCACCAACGGAUCUAGCCCUCAGGGCACCUUCCUGUUCACCUCCGAGUCUGUCGGUGAGGGUCACCCCGACAAGAUCGCUGACCAGGUCUCUGAUGCCAUCCUCGAUGCCUGCUUGGCUGAGGAUCCCCUGUCCAAGGUCGCUUGCGAGACCGCCACCAAGACUGGUAUGAUCAUGGUCUUUGGCGAAAUCACCACCAAGGCCAAGCUCGACUACCAGAAGAUUGUCCGCGACGCCGUCAGAGACAUUGGCUAUGACCACUCUGAGAAGGGUUUCGACUACAAGACCCUCAACUUGCUUGUUGCCAUUGAGCAGCAGUCUCCCGAUAUCGCCCAGGGCCUGCAUUACGAGGAGGCCCUCGAGAAGCUCGGUGCUGGUGACCAGGGUAUCAUGUUCGGUUAUGCCACUGACGAGACCCCUGAGCUCUUCCCCCUCACCCUCCAGCUCGCCCACAAGCUCAACGCUGCCAUGUCUGCUGCCCGCCGUGACGGCUCUCUCCCCUGGCUGCGCCCCGAUACCAAGACCCAGGUCACCGUUGAGUACAAGCACGACCACGGCGCCGUUGUCCCCGUCCGUGUGCACACCGUGGUUGUGUCUGCCCAGCACUCUGCCGACAUUACCACCGAGGAGCUCCGCAAGCAGAUUCUUGAAAACAUCAUUAAGAAGACCAUCCCCGCCAAGUACCUCGACGACAACACCGUUUACCACAUCCAACCCUCUGGUCUCUUCAUCAUUGGUGGUCCCCAGGGUGACGCCGGUUUAACUGGCCGUAAGAUCAUUGUCGACACCUACGGUGGCUGGGGUGCCCACGGUGGUGGCGCCUUCUCCGGCAAGGAUUUCUCCAAGGUCGAUCGUUCUGCUGCCUAUGUCGCUCGCUGGAUUGCCAAGUCCCUGGUCAAUGCCGGUCUUGCCCGCCGUGCGCUUGUCCAGCUUUCCUAUGCCAUUGGUGUUGCGGAGCCUCUGUCCAUCUACGUCGACACCUACGGCACCUCCGAGAAGACCUCUGACCAGCUCGUUGAGAUUAUCCGCAACAACUUUGAUCUGCGCCCCGGCGUCAUUGUCCGCGAGCUUAACCUGGACCGCCCCAUCUACCUGCAGACUGCCAAGAACGGCCACUUCGGCACCAACCAGUCAUUCAGCUGGGAGCAGCCCAAGCAGCUCAAGUUCUAA